GUGACGUCACACACACAAAGCCAUCUAUGGUAGUGCUUUCUCAUUGCAAUCAGCCUAUAGUCAGCAGAGCGGCGGCACGAAACCACCACAAAGUGACAAAAAAUGAAUGUGGAACAUGAAGUUACACUGCUCGUUGAUGAGAUUCGUCGAUUGGGCAGUAAAAACGCAGAUGGGAAGAUCAGCGUCAAAUUUGGAGUCUUGUUUAAUGAUGACCAGUGCGCCAACCUCUUUGAAGCUCUGGUCGGAACGCUGAAAGCGGCCAAGCGAAAGAAGCUCAUCGCGUUCGAAGGGGAGCUCUUACUGCAAGGAGUUCACGACAACGUUGAUGUCAUAUUACUGCAGGACUGAAUUUAACAGUCUUCUAUAAACUCAAGUAAAAAGUGCAAAUGUGUUUUUGACAUGUCAUUGCUACAUUUUGAUAUGGAAAUAUACUUGAAUCUAACAUUUUUGUAUACUGGAUUGGAAUAUUUUUAUACAGCAACUUUUUCUCUCUCUCAGGGGAGUGAUCUGCAGUUCUUGAAAAGUAGCAAUCUUCCCUGUUCAAACACCUCAACAGCCAUAUCAUUAAAAUAUCAUAACAGUUAUAGUGUGCAUGAUCAUGUUACUGGUUUUCUGGAACUGAAUAAAUUCAUCAAACACUGUUUUCAACCUAUUUGAAAUGAAUAUCCACACGGGUUAAUAUCAAUUUUACAGGUUAUACUGUACCUCUGAUGUCCUAUUCUGACUGUAUUGAUUGUAGACUGCAUAAUUGCUGUCUACAGUAAUCAUGAGGUUGUUUCUUUGCAGUGCCAUUACUGUGAGAUGAUUAAUUUCAGGCAUAGUCAAUGAAGUUAUCUGUGCCAUUAUAUCUCAAAUGCUGAGAAACAUAAAUGGUAGCAUUUGUCUGCUGUAUGAUUUUCUGGAAUUAAAUGUUUAAAAAAAACAACCAAGUUCAACAAAUCAUCAGAACUGCUCAGUGUGAUAUUCUGUUUUAUAAAGCUCUUGCAAAAACAUCUCCACAUUGUACUUGUGCUGUUCUUGUUAUUUAUGUAUAAUGUUACAGGACUCCCAAUGGUGCAGUUUGUGUCAUUUCAAGCUCGGGAAGACCUUAGCAUGACUGGCAAUAGGAAAUAAAUCAAUGAAAUCAAUUAAAUAGAGGGGAGUGUGUUUAUAAAUUUCUACUCGGUCAUUAUGAGGAUUAUGCCAGAAUGACUGCAGAAUAAACUUGGAAAAUGUUUUUAAUUUUCUUUUUUAAAGAUAAAUGUACGAACAUUUAAAACUGACUUUAACCUUAGUGUGUAUUUGGAUUUCUAUGUUGCUGCCUUAGUCUUAUGAUGGUUCAUCUGCUUCUCAAAUGGCUGGAGACAGUUUAUUUUAAAGUG